UACGGAACCUGUAAGAAAUUCAAGAUUUAUUCUUGUAAAUGUAUAAAUUGGGACAAGAAAUAAUCGAGUUAAAUAGUUAAAUUACUUAAUAAUAACAAAGAUACGCAAAAUGGGAAAAAUGUUAAAAUCUGUGAACGAUUUUUCUGACAUAUUUUAAAACGUAAGUUUGAUUUAUUCCGAUGGUACACAAAAGCAACAGUUGCGUUUGAGUAAAGACGGAAGCAAACAGACACUGGGUAACGGUACUUAUACACAGUAAAAACAAAGAUGAACCUCAUAUGCUCGGCAUUAAUUCGAUGUUGACUAGAAGCUGGAAUGCGAAAGCAGAUGUUUGCCAAGAGCUUUAAAGAAAAAAGAAACAUUCAAAGAAAAUACGUCGUAUCUAAGAAAUGUUAGCGCUAAUGCUAAUAAUAGCAACCCAAGAGCUAGCUUUUAGCAGGUUGCCAGCCGGGACACGUAUCGGCAUCGUAUUUGGAUGUUUUCGUGUUUAAUCAAGGUUAAGUAAAAUGGAAGAGAUAAAGAGCGAGCCUGUGGAUUUUGUGAGGGAAUUUCAGGAAUACCUGACCCAGCAAACUCAGCACGUCAACAUGAUCUCGGGCUCCGUUUGUGGAGCAAAGGAAACAACCGAGCAGUUUCAGGCUGUUGUCCCAAGAUGUGAGCAGAAYGGUCUGGACCCCCCAUCUGUGGAGGUGAGCCUGCCUGUGGAGCCUGGGUCAGAUGUGCAGAUGAUGGACGACCUGGAGAGGACCUGCGAUGGAAARUAUAAAUGCAGCUACUGUAGCUAUGCCAAUAAAGGCAUGGCUCGUUUAAUAGAGCACACACGCAUUCAUACAGGUGAAAAGCCUCAUCGCUGUCAGCUUUGCCCCUUUGCUUCUGCGUACGAGCGCCACUUGGAGGCCCACAUGCGUUCGCACACGGGAGAGAAGCCGUACAAGUGUGACCUCUGCGCCUUCCGGUGCAGCGACCGCAGCAACCUGUCCCACCACCGCCGCCGCCGCCACAAGCUCCUUCCCACGAGAGUGGUUCGUCCUUCGUUUUCCAACAAGAGAGUGCUGAGCGCUUUGCAGAAGCGGACGGGCUCGCUGGGCUUCGGUCGGCGGCUCUUGGUCGGCUUAAAUCCUCUCUCCGUGGCGACGCCAAGGUCUGAGUAUCUGAGCGACUUAGCGAACAAGAUCCACCACUUAAAUGGCRGCGAGUAUAAAAAUCCUCCCAAGGCGGAUGAGAAUGAAAGCUACGGCCGGAGUGCGAAUGGUUUUAGAAACUCCCUGGACCAGCUGUCUGCGCUCGCCGGUCAGCUGACCAACCUUCACGCUGRACCGGAGACUCCGGCGUCACCUGACGGAGAGUCAUUAGAAGACGAGAAACCCAUCCUGAUCCAACACGUCUCCAGUGAACAGGCUGCAGUGAGUUCAGACGGAGUUCAGACAUCGCCCCGAAAAGACGAAACGUCCCCUUCAGCUCACGUAAGCAGCAGUCCAGUUCCAGCCUUCAGUCUGGAGAACAACAUGAACACUUUCACCGGGAGUGUUAGCAACAGCCAGGCGAGCACACCCACCCCGGCCCCGACUGUAACGGACCAACAGCUSCUACAGAAAUGUCAGCAUUGUGAUAUUCACUUUUCUGAUAAUAUACUCUACACCAUCCACAUGGGCUGUCAUGGUUUUAACCACCCAUUCCAGUGCAACAUCUGUGGUCAUAUGUGUGUAGAUAAAUACAAUUUUGCAUGUCAUUUUGCUCGUGGACAACAUAAAAAGUGACAGUGUGCACUUUUAGAUUUGGACUYCUGUUCAGCCGUGAAUGUCUUCUGCUGGCUGUUCUACUGCACAAGCAAUAAGGAACCAAGAACAGCUAAGGAAAUGUCCUGAUGCAUCUCAGUAAUCCAGGUAAAAAAAUCAAAAAGAAAAAUAUUGUAUAGGUCUUCUG